AUGUUCCUGGGUGUUAUCUAUACUUAUACUAUAAAGAGGUAUGAUGACCUUCACAAUGCAAACACGCGGCUGUGUUACGCAGAAAAAUGGCUGUUUGCACGUUUUGAGUCUUUGGAACUGAAGCUGGACGUGCCACGAGCGCCGCCCCCGCGCACCGACCACGAGCAACGGGUCCAUGAAGAGUUGCUCAAAGCUUAUGAACUGCAGAUCAAAGAGCAUGAGAAAACUUUGGAAUACUGGCGACAUCGUUACGACACCGAUAUUGCUGAAAUAAGCUCUAGAAGCCAGAAGAAAUUGGAACAGUUGCUCAUCGCCACCAGCAAGAGAACUGAACUGCAGAAAUUGUACGACUUACACGAAGGUGAAAUGCGAGGAUGGCUAACAUUCAAGCGAGAACGGGCCGCUCGUUUAGAGCGCGAAGAGAGGUUACGAAAGUCUGCCAUGCGUAUACAAGCGUGGUGGCGUGGUGUCAUGGUGCGUCGGGCUCUUGGGCAAUUCAAAUAUCUCAAAAAUAUCAAAGGAAAAGGCAAAAAGAAAUAA